AUGAUUAGCGAAAAUUACAAAGAGAACAAUUUGCACGAAAAUGAAUGCGAUGUAGUUCCUAGUAGUGAAUCAUUUUUGCGGUCUAUUUGGACAAGGAUAAAGGAUCUUGAGAAACGGCGGGCUGAUCAAAGUACGUCUAGUCAAGAGCCGCCUGUCGCUGGACCUGAGACUUCUGUUCAGAUCAAAGAGGAACAGUUAUCAGAAUCGGAAUUUUCUUAUCUUUCGGAAAAAGAUAAACCGGUAAAUCAAAAUGGAGGCAAUAAUGAUGUUUUAGUAAAACAGGAACCAGAGGCAAAUGGUGAUGAGAAUGCAGGAAAACCUUCGGAAGAAUGGCAGGAACGGGAGCAAGCGUUAUUGAAGAGAAUAGAAGAGUUGGAAAAGAUUAAAACGGAGAGGAGCGAGGAUGGACUUCGAUUGGAAUUAAAAGUCCGUGAAGAAGAGAUUGACUUGCUAAGGAGUAGAGUGAAGAAUUUAGAAACAGAGUUGCAGGCGGCUCUUUCAAAGCCCGCUGGAAAGAAUCAGGAAAUCAUUCAGAACAUAAAACAGCAGCAUGAGGAGCUCCUAAGCAAGGCCCGUGGCAUGAUCUUUGACAAAACAAAAAUGGUGAAGAACCAAGAAUUGCAGAUCGAGGCUUUAAAUAGCCAGGUGCAGUCGCUGAAGGAUAUCAACAACAUCACCAAGGAUCUUCUAAAUAUUAGGAAUUCUGAAGUAAAGGCUAUGGAGGAUCGUCUAGAAGCAAUGGAGGCACGAUACAAAGCAGAGAAAGAGCGUCACUCGUUAGUUUUGCAGAGGGCACAGACAUCUUCCGGGCUCAAUGAUGACCUCAAGAAGGAGUAUGAGACACAACUUGCAAUUUUUAAGGAAUUACGUGUGAAGUAUGAACAAAGGGUCCAAGCGUUGGUAUCGGAAAAUCAACAGCUCAAGGACUUGAGGAAGAUGACUACGCCCAGCUAA